AUGUGGCUGAAGCCCGAGGAAGUGCUGUUGAAAAAUGCGCUGAAGCUGUGGCUGAUGGAAAGAUCCAAUGAGUACUUUGUCCUGCAAAGGCAUCGAGGCUACGGGGAAGAAGGCGGAGGAGGACUUACAGGGCUUCUAGUUGGGACUCUUGAUUCUGUCUUAGACUCUACUGCCAAAGUGGCUCCAUUUCGCAUCCUACACCAGACACCAGAUUCUCAAGUUUACUUGUCAAUUGCAUGUGGGGCCAACAGAGAAGAAAUAACAAAACAUUGGGACUGGUUGGAACAAAAUAUAAUGAAGACUUUAUCAGUGUUUGAUUCAAAUGAAGAUAUUACUAAUUUUGUACAAGGCAAAAUAAGAGGACUAAUUGCUGAAGAGGGAAAAGAUUCUUUUGCUAAAGAAGAUGAUCCUGAGAAAUUUCGAGAAGCUCUUUUGAAAUUUGAAAAAUCUUUUGGUUUACCAGAACAGGAAAAAUUAGUAACGUAUUAUUCCUGCAGUUAUUGGAAAGGACGGGUUCCUUGUCAGGGUUGGCUCUAUCUAAGUACCAACUUUCUGAGUUUCUAUUCUUUCUUGCUAGGAUCAGAAAUUAAACUCAUUAUCUCCUGGGACGCAGUCUCAAAACUAGAAAAGACUUCAACUGUUAUACUAACAGAGAGUAUUCAUGUAUGUUCCCAAGGAGAGAAUCACUAUUUUUCAAUGUUUUUGCACAUUAAUGAAACAUACCUUCUUAUGGAACAACUGGCAAACUAUGCCAUAAAGAGACUUUUUGAUAAAGAAACAUUUGAUAAUGACCCAGUCCUUGAUGAUCCUCUACAAAUUACCAAAAGAGGUUUGGAAUAUCGGGCCCACAGUGAGCAAUUCAAAGCUUUUUUUAGGCUACCCAAAGAAGAAACUUUGAAAGAAGUACAUGAAUGUUUCUUAUGGGUACCAUUCAGCCACUUCAGUACUCAUGGAAAUAUGUGCAUUUCAGAAAACUACAUCUGCUUUGCUAGCCAGGAUGGGAAUCUAUGUAGCGUAAUCAUUCCAUUACGAGAGGUCUUAGCUGUAGAUAAAACUGACGACUCCAACAGAUCCGUCAUCAUCAGCAUCAAAGGAAAGACAGCUUUUCGUUUCAGUGAGGUUAAAGACUUUGAACAACUGGUGGCAAAACUCAGGCUCAAGUGCCGAGCAGCUUCAAGUCGAUGUGACCUUAGUACAGAGGUUGCUGUUAGCUCUGACUCUACAGGCCCAGCUGAUAAUUUUGAGGAGCAACCUUUGACCUGCCAAAAAGAAUGCAGCAAAACAGUGAACACUGAAGCUUUAAUGACAGUGUUUCACCCUCAAAAUUUGGAGAAUCUGGAUUCUAAAAUGUUGAAAGAAAAGAUGAAGGAACAAUCUUGGAACAUCUUAUUUUCUGAAUGUGGGCGUGGUGUUAGCAUGUUCCGGACAAAGAAAACCCGAGAUCUAGUUGUAAGAGGGAUUCCAGAGACAUUGCGGGGAGAGCUCUGGAUGCUUUUCUCAGGUGCUGUUAAUGACAUGGCUACUAAUCCUGGUUAUUAGGCUGAAGUAGUUGAACAAUCCUUAGGGACCUGCAACCUGGCUACUGAAGAAAUUGAACGUGAUUUACGCCGCUCUCUGCCUGAGCACCCAGCCUUUCAGAGUGAUACUGGCAUAUCUGCUCUGAGGCGGGUACUGACAGCUUAUGCAUAUAGGAAUCCUAAAAUAGGAUACUGCCAGGCGAUGAACAUUUUGACUUCAGUAUUGCUUCUAUAUGCAAAAGAAGAAGAAGCUUUUUGGCUUCUGGUUGCUGUAUGUGAACGAAUGCUGCCUGACUAUUUUAAUCGCCGAAUCAUUGGUGCCUUGGUGGAUCAGGCAGUGUUUGAAGAACUUAUUAGGGAUCACCUUCCUCAGCUGACGGAACACAUGACCGAUAUGACCUUCUUUUCCUCGGUUUCUCUCUCGUGGUUCCUCACACUCUUCAUUAGUGUGCUGCCUAUUGAAAGCGCAGUGAAUGUGGUGGACUGUUUCUUCUAUGACGGGAUAAAGGCCAUUUUACAGCUGGGAUUGGCAAUACUUGACUAUAAUUUAGACAAACUUCUGACGUGUAAAGAUGAUGCGGAAGCUGUGACAGCACUAAACAGGUUCUUUGACAAUGUCAUUAAUAAGGACAGCCCAUUGCCUUCAAAUGUUCAGCAGGGUUCAAAUAUCAAUAAUGAAAAAAGCAGUCACACUAAAGUGGAUAUUACAGAUUUGAUUAGAGAAUCCAAUGAGAAAUAUGGUAGUAUCCGCUAUGAAGAUAUACACAGCAUGCACUGUCGAAAUCGGUUGUAUGUGAUCCAGACCCUGGAGGAAACAACAAAGCAGAAUGUGUUGCAUGUUGUAUCACAAGAUGUGAAGAUGAAUCUUCAGGAAUUGGAUGAACUUUAUGUCAUUUUUAAGAAAGAGCUGUUUAUAUCUUGUUAUUGGUAUUCGAGUUGUCCAGGAUUGAAGCAUCAUGACCCCAGCCUGUCAUAUUUGGAACAGUAUCAGAUUGACUGCCAGCAGUUCAGAGUGCUGUAUCACUUGUUGAGUCCCUGGGCUCAUUCUGCAAACAGAGACUCACUAGCUUUAUGGACAUUCAGAUUGUUGGAUGAAAAUUCUGAUUGCCUUAUAAACUUCAAAGAAUUCUCCUCUGCAAUUGAUAUAAUGUACAAUGGAAGUUUUACUGAGAAGCUUAAGCUGCUUUUUAAGAUGCAUAUUCCUCCAGCUUAUACUGAAGUGAUGUCUAAGACUUCUUCCAAGGGCGAUGAGCUUUCCACCGAAGAAUUGCUUUAUUUCAGUCAGCUCCAGGUUUCCAAGCAUGCAGAUGAGAAGGAAGCAGAAUCAGGAAAAAAUACACCUGAAAAAGGCAAAGGAAAAAUCGAUAUUCAAGCCUAUUUAAGUCAAUGGCAAGAUGAGCUUCUUAAAAAAGAAGAAAACAUUAAAGAUUUACCAAGAAUGAAUCAGUCACAAUUUAUUCAGUUUUCAAAGACCCUGUAUAAUUUAUUUCAUGAAGACCCGGAAGAAGAGUCACUCUAUCAAGCCAUUGCUAUUGUUACCAACCUUUUGCUCAGGAUGGAAGAAGUUGGAAGGAAACUCCAUAGCCCUAAAUUAGCAGCUAGAAGAUUCUCCGGGACAGCCUGUGAUUCUGGGGUCCGUGAGGGGAAUGCAGAGAGCAGUGUGGAGAAAACUCCUUCCUCUCCCAGGGAAGAGCAUCAGUGGUCUUUUGCAUUUGAACAGAUUCUUGCUUCCCUGUUAAAUGAACCAGCUUUGGUGAGGUUUUUUGAGAGACCCUUAGACUUAAAGGCAAAGCUGGAGCAUGCAAAAUGCUCCCAGUUAAAGUCUAGAACCAAGGUCUAAAUCUCUGCCGC